AUGAUGCCUCCCAAGGGAGCCCAAUAUAAUACCACGAUGCCAGAAGCGCAAGGGCUCAAGUAUGAUGAAUCCGAGAUGGCUCUCUUCCAUGCGAAACUGUCAUACCACUCUACUAUCGAUGAGCGAAUGGCCUCUCAAGAUACCAAUCUCGCAUCAAUCUCCGAGGCGCAGGCAAAGAUAUUGAAACGUUGGGAGAUGCUGAAACAGGCAGAGAAAGAAUUGGCAGAGAAGGGGGAAAGCAUGUCGCCGACCGACAAAAGACAGCUUGCACAAUAUGAAUGGCGAUACAAUCACUUAGAGAAAACGGCAACAAAGGCCGCGAGCGGGUAG